CUUCAUGAAACAUUCGGAAUCGACCUAGACAGACAUGGCCAGUAUGUCUAGUGGCAACCCAGUUGAUGAAAUCACUCCGAGAGAAAACGCAGCCUGUCCAGCUCAACCAUCGCCUAAAGAGAAGGCACAAAAAUCCUCGAUCGCAAAAGAAUGUGCCUCCGAUCAGAGCUCGCUACCCUAUUCUUCCUUCACUAGGAAGCAAAAAUGGUUGAUAAUCUCUCUGAGCACUUUUGCUGCCGCAUUUUCUCCUCUGUCAUCCUUCAUCUUCUUUCCAGCCAUCACAGCCUUAUCCGACUCUCUACGAGUCUCGGUUGGAAGGAUCAAUCUUACCAUAACGUCCUACAUGGUCGUAGCCGGCAUUGCUCCUGCCCUUCUCGGCGACUUGGCUGAUACUACGGGAAGACGAGUGGUCUAUCUCUUGAUGAUGAGCAUUUAUUGCGUCGCCAACGUCGGGUUGGCGCUGCAGAGUAAUUGGGCUGCACUUUUCGUUCUGAGGAUGGUACAGAGUUUUGGUAGUGCAGCUACCAUUGCUGUUGGAUACGGCGUUGUAUCGGAUAUUGCCACACCUGCUGAACGCGGCGAAUUUGUUUCUGGAAUGGUCUUAGGACCAAACAUCGCGACAGCCAUAGGUCCUAUCGCUGGUGGCGCUCUAGCUGAAUCGCCAGGAUGGCGCUGGAUUUUUUGGCUCCUUAGUCUUCUUUCUGGAACCUGCCUUCUCAGCCUUGCUUGCUUCCUCCCAGAAACAGCCCGUUCGGUAGUUGGCAAUGGCUCUGCACCUGUCUCAGGUCUUCGCCGAGCUUUAUUCUCCUACCUUCGCCUUUCGAGGCUGCCAGCCCCCCCAGAGAAGUCGAGUAAUGCAGAGAAUGGGCAAUCACCGCCAGGCUCAGUCUCUGCUCGGAAGAAUCUCCAUGUCCCCAAUCCCAUAGCGAGUCUGAAACUUCUCUGGGCCAAAGACUGCAUCCUAAUCGUUCUCAUAUUUGGUAUCUUCUAUAUGAAUCUCAGCUGUGUACAGGCUUCAACGUCAACCCUCUUUAUCAGUCUCUACGGAAUCUCGGACCUCAAAUCAGGCUUAGUCUACUUGCCGUCUGGCAUUGGGUCUAUUAUUGGGGCAUAUGGUACGGGAUUCGUACUCAAGUAUGACUAUCGUGUCACGGCGCGUAAGCAUGGCAUAACGAUAAAUAUCGAAGGUGGUGACGAUAUAAAUAUGUUUCCUAUUGAAAAGGCACGUUUUAGAAGCAUCUGGUAUUCCAUUAGCACAGCAGGAAUAUGCACAAUAGGUUAUGGAUGGGCACUAAAUUCCAGACUACACAUCGCAAUCCCCCUGGUCCUUCAAUUUAUCAUAGGCUUUUCGACGGCUAUGGUUUUCAAUAUGAGCGGAACGCUUCUAGUAGAUGUGCAUCCGAAGACUCCCUCAGCCGCCUCGGCUGCAAACAGCAUCGUCCGUUGCCUACUCGCAGGUGGGGGCCUCGCCCUUGUUCAAAUAUUCAUAGAGAACAUUGGUGUACAGUGGACGUUUACGCUGUUUGGCGGCCUUUGUAUGGGAUGUUUAGGGUUGGCGCAGCUAGAGUGGAGCUAUGGGAAGCUUUGGAGAGACAAGAUGAGGGAAAGGGGUGCCGGGCGUUGAAAGAUAGCCCACGAUCGGGAGUUGGGCUGUAGUAGAGGCUUUCGCUUGGGGAGCGUUACUACUAGCGGCGGGUGAGUAAAGUCCGGAAGUCAUUUGGGUUUAUGACCGCCGCUGUGCAUUGUCUCAGUGAGACCACAAAUGGUUCGGGAAAUAUGUGUAGGAUGGCGCAUUUCCCCUGAAUUCAUUCCUUCGACGAUAGGAGAAAG